GACACGGUAGACUCCUCCUCACCACUGUCUGAGAUGCACAUUAUGGAGUUCAAUGAAGAAAAAAAAACGAUUUUAACGGCCUGACAGUUAAUAACACAUAAUUUCUUAUUCAUUUAGUUGGAAAUUAUGACUAUUUUAAAUUCCAUUCAAAAAUGUAUUUGACGGCGAAGAAUAUUUAUGCCAUCAUGUGCAAUGCUGCCCAAUGAAGACACUGUUCUGGUUCGAAUUGGUAGCCAGUAAACGCGAUAUUGUAGCUAUUUUACUGAAUUAGCAACAUUCCAUUGAUAUUUGGUUGCUCAUCGUCACUAGCUUAUACAUAACCAUUCCCAGGUAGGCCUACAGUAGGGGAGGCUGUGUUCAUUGCUCUCAGCUGACUAACAUUUUCACAACCCUACGCAGGAAAUUUGUGUGGGGAAUUCUUGCUAUUUUGCAUGACAUCAUCAUGCAAAUACAGCUUCCAGGUUGUAGGUGAAAUGCAGGCGAAGGUAUGCGCCAGGAGGACCUCUCUCGUCACUGAGAAUGGGCAGGCUUGUGGGGCAUCUGCGGACUCCCAGCUCCCAUUUAGGUGCCCUCGGUGUGGGGAGCGUGAGAGGUUCAAUAGCCUGGCCUCCUUGAGAGACCACCUGGAAUACAGCCACAGCUACUACCACACCAUGCACGAGCUGAGCCUCCCGACCCGCAGGGGGCACUCUCACCCAGAGAGAGUCCUGCAUGUGCGUUCCCUGAGUGACACACGAGAGGUCACUAGCUGCAUAGAGAGGUGUCGUACGCAUAGUGUGGGGACGCAGGCAGCGGAGGAGAUACAAACUGAAGAAGAGGCCCGUAAAGAUGAUUUAAAAUUCCACAAGUCCAGCCCUGGGACAGAUCAUAUCCCAUUUCCAUUUGACAACCCUCCAGACCCAGGCAGCAAGCCUGAGGCGGUGUCCCCAGAGUGGAGUGUCUGUGCUGGGGAGGUGUCGGUCAGGCGCAGGCUUGCCAAGGUCCUGCUGGCAGCGGACAGCACCAUGCAGAGGAGGCUGCACAGGGUCAGCACGGAGCUGGCCCAGACGGACACAGAGCUGCUGUGUGAGCGUGCCCACUCCCAGCACCUGGCCCAGGAGAGGCAGGAGGUUCAGGAGCGGGAGAGGGCGCUAAGCCACCAGGUGGACAUGGCCGUGAUGGUGAUCGCCACACUAAAGGAGCAGCUGAACGAGUCAGAGUACGAGCUGGAGAGGAGAGAACAAGAAGUCAUCACCAUUCAGAAUUUUCUGGAGGCUGCAGCCCAGCAUGAGAUAUGUGGUAAAGUUCGGAUCCAACGUUUCAUUGAGAACCUGCUCAAACGCAUCGCCCUGGCUGAGAGGCUACUGGAGUACUAUCAGAGCUCACCCAGUCCACCAACCUACACCGAUUACAUGCACCAGACAGCUGAAAAUGGACCUCAUAGAAUAACCAAAAGCAGGUCAGCAGGUUAUCAGCUGUCACAGUCCUGUCCCCAGGAGGGUAGAAUGCACCCCUCCCAGUUAGGACGGGCGUUCCCCAAAGGCCCUAGUGAGAGAGUGGGUAACUCUGGCUACUUCAGACCUGACCGCAGGGAUGAAGCCUGGACCCAGCGCCGCAGAUCAGCUGGAUUUGAGGACUAGGUAACCUGACCAGGGCCCGACAAAUGAAUGUAUAUAUGAUAAGUAUUUACUGAAUGUAUAGAUAAUACUGAGCAGGGGAUGCUUUAUGGCCAUGUGUACGCUAGUUUUUGCUACAUUCUGUCCUAGAGGUUGCUACUGUCCUAGUUUCAAUUUUGGAAGUACUGUAGAAACUUGAUGGAUAGGUAUUUCUGACCCUCAUUGGUGUUUUAAUUACUAUUAAAUCAUAUUAUUGAUGGGUGUAGAUCUAAUAAAAUACAGAAUUGUAUACAAAAAAACUAGAUGGUGGAAUUGUUAAAUGUCCACUCCAGUAGAAAUCCACUUUUGAGGUGAAAGAUGGCCAGAGCUUACUCAAGAUGUUGCACAACAAGUUAAGUCAAUAAGUCAUCAUAUUAGUCAAAGUACGAUAUAUUUGGGCUUUAAGUGACACAUCCAAACUUCCCACUUCUUGCAAAUCUUUGUGAAUGUGGUAUCUCUUCCUGUGAUAUGACAUAGAAAUUAUUUUCAGCCUAUGUUUCAGGGCUGGGUUUUAUUUGAAUGUUACCACCCACUAGCAUGGCAUUGUUUAGAGCUUUGGCCAGAACCAAAAGGUCGCUGGUUCGAAUACCCGAGCCGGCCAUGUGAAAAACCUGUCUGUGCCCUUGAACAAGGCACUUAACCCUAAUUUGCUCCAGGGGCACCGUACUACUAUGACUGACCCUGUAAAACAACACACUGCACCUAUCUGGUGUAUGUGACAAUAAAAACAGCUGCAAAGUUAUUCCUCUUUGUGACUGAGAUGAGCUAAACAGUAUUGUGUCCAAUUGGCUGGCUGAGCCAUUGAGCAAAUUUAAAUAGGGGUACAAAUGUUUUUACACCUCCACUUUUUUUUUUUUACCAGAAAAAUAU